AUGUUUGCUGGGUUUUUUUCUUCUUCCUUCUUUUGUUUCUUCUUCUUCUUCUUCCUUCUUUUGUUUCUUCUUCUUCUUCUUCCUUCUUUUGUUUCUUCUUCUUCUUCUUCCUUCUUUUGUUUCUUCUUCUUCUUCUUCUUCCUUCUUUUGUUUCUUCUUCUUCUUCUUCCUUCUUUUGUUUCUUCUUCUUCUUCUUCUUCUUCUUUUCUUUUUUCUUCUUCUUCUUCUUCUUUUUUGUUUCUUCUUCUUCUUCCUUCUUUUUUUUCUUUUCUUCUUCUUCCUUCUUUUGUUUGUUUCUUCUUCUUCUUCUUCCUUCUUUUGUUUCUUCUUCUUCUUCUUCUUCCUUUUUGUUUUUUCUUCUUCUUCUUCUUUUUUCUUCUUCUUCUUUUCUUCUUCUUCUUCUUCUUCUUUUUUUGUUUCUUCUUCUUCUUCUUCCUUCUUUUGUUUCUUCUUCUUCCUUCUUUUGUUUCUUCUUCUUCCUUUUUUUGUUUCUUCUUCUUCCUUUUUUUUUUGUUUCUUCUUCUUCCUUUUUUUUUUGUUUCUUCUUCUUCCUUUUUUUUCUUCUUCUUCCUUCUUUGUUUUUCUUCUUCUUCUUUUUUUUGCUUCAUCCAUUCAGCUGUUAUUAAUGACAUUUUUCUGUCCUUAUUACAGAUUUUCCUUUCUUUGUUUUCUUCUUCUUUUUUUUUUUUUUUUUUUUUUUUUGCUUUCUUUGGGGACAUUCCUCUCUCUCUCUCUCUCUCUCUCUCUGAGCAUUUCUCUCUCUCUCUCUCUCUCUCUCAUUCGUUUCCCUCUCUCUCUGAGCAUUCGUUUCCCUCUCUCUCUGAGCAUUCGUUUCCCUCUCUCUCUGAGCAUUCGUUUCCCUCUCUCUCUCUGAGCAUUCCAUUCGUUUCCCUCUCUCUCUCCCUGAGCAUUCGUUUCCCUCUCUCUCUCUCUGAGCAUUCGUUUCCCUCUCUCUCUCUCUCUGAGUAUUCGUUUCCCUCUCUCUCUCUCUCUGAGUAUUCGUUUCCCUCUCUCUCUCUGAUAUUCGUUUCCCUCUCUCUCUCUCUGAGUAUUCGUUUCCCUCUCUCUCUCUCUGAGUAUUCGUUUCCCUCUCUCUCUCUGAUAUUCGUUUCUCUCUCUCUGAGUAUUAGUUUCUUCUCUCUCUCUCUCUCUCUCUCUCUGAGUAUUCGUUUCCCUCUCUCUCUCUCUCUGAGUAUUCGUUUCUCUCUCUCUCUCUCUGAGUAUUCGUUUCUCUCUCUCUCUCUCUCUGGGAGCAUUCCUUUCUUUUCUCUCUCUCUCUCUCUCUCUGGACCAUUUACUUCUCUCUCUCUCUCUCUGUUAGCAUUUCUUUCCUUUCUUUGUCUGUCUGUCUCUCUCUCUCUCUCUGUUAGCAUUCCUUCCUUUUCUUUCUUUGUGUGUGUGUCUCUCUCUCUCUCUCUCUCUCUCUCCCUCGGAGGUUUCUUUCCCUUCUCUCGGAGGUUUCUUUCCCUUCUCUCUCUCUCUUCUAGCGAGGCAUUUCUUGUUCAUUCAGUCUUUUUCCUUGUUCAUUCAGUCUUUUUCCUUGUUCAUUCAGUCUUUUUCCUUGUUCAUUCAGUCUUUUUCCUUGUUCAUUCAGUCUUUUUCCUUGUUCAUUCAGUCUUUUUCCUUGUUCAUUCAGUCUUUUUCCUUGUUCAUUCAGUCUUUUUCCUUGUUUUUCUAUUUUCUCUUCUUUUCGCGAGCUCCUUUUAUUUUCUAUACCAUUAUGGCAUGCUAAUUAUCAAGAUGACUGGAGAUAGGGCCGAACGAUUGACUUUGCUCUCUCUCUCUCUCUCUUUGCUCCUUCUCCUCUCUCUCUCUUUGCUCCUUCUCCUCUCUCUCUCUUUGCUCCUUCUCCUCUCUCUCUCUUUGCUCCUUCUCCUCUCUCUCUCUUUGCUCCUUCUCCUCUCUCUCUCUUUGCUCCUUCUGCUCUCUCUUUCUCUGCUCUCUCUUUCUCUGCUCUCUCUUUCUCUGCUCUCUCUUUCUCUGCUCUCUCUUUCUCUGCUCUCUUUCUCUGCUCUCUCUGCUUUCUCUGCUCUCUCUCUCUCUCUCUGCUCUCUCUUUGCUCUCUCUCUCUCUCUGCUCUCUCUUCUCUCUCUCUCUCUGCUCUCUCUUUGCUCUCUCUCUCUCUCUGCUCUCUCUUUGCUCUCUCUCUCUCCUCUGUCUUUUUGUUCUCUCUCUCUCUUCUGUCUUUUUGUUCUCUCUCUCUCUCUUCUUCUCUUUUGUUCUCUCUCUUCUGUCUUCUGUUCUCUCUCUUUGUCUUUUUCUCUCUCUCUUCUGUCUUUUUGUUCUCUCUCUUCUGUCUUUUUGUUCUCUCUCUUCUGUCUUUUUGUUCUCUCUCUUCUGUCUUUUUGUUCUCUCUCUUCUGUCUUUUUGUUCUCUCUCUUCUGUCUUUUUGUUCUCUCUCUUCUGUCUUUUGUCUCUCUCUGUUCUGUCUUUUUGUUCUCUCUCUCUCUCUCUUCUGUCUUUUUGUUCUCUCUCUCUCUCUGUCUUUUUGUUCUCUCUCUCUCUCUGUCUUUUUGUUCUCUCUCUCUCUCUGUCUUUUUGUUCUCUCUCUCUCUCUCUCUCUUCUUUUUUUGUUCUCUCUCUCUUUCUCUCUCUCUUCUGUCUUUUUUCUCUCUCUCUCUCUCUUUUUCUCUCUCUCUUCUGUCUUUUUUGUUCUCUCUCUGUCUUUUUCUCUCUCUCUCUGUCUUUUUGUUCUCUCUCUCUCUGUCUUUUUGUUCUCUCUCUCUCUCUCUCUUCUGUCUUUUUAAUGUUGAAAAUGAAAUUGCUCAAAGGGCAUGUUACCUGAUCGAACGACCAAAAGUAUUUGAGAGUGUAUACCGAGGUCAAGACCUCGACAUAGCCACAAGACUCCAUAAGGACAGUGUAUAUGCAGUUCGUAAUGCUUGGUCUUGGGUUCAGCAAGUUUCUUCGUGUGUAGAGCAACAUUUAAAGAAUGCAGCUGAAUAUCACCAGUACUUCUACGAUAUGCGGCAUCUUCAUGAAGAUAUGUCUGGCUUCUUUUCAUGGCUGAGUUGCGUUCGAAUGAGACGUAAAAUCGAAGCUCGGGACCCAGACGCCAUGAUAGAACACAUCCGAACAGAAAGAAUUGAUAAUUCACUUACCGGAAAAAGUCCCGCGAGUCUCUUUGCAGAGAUUAGGCUAAAUUUCGGUGAUUCUGAAGAUGGUGUUUUUUUUUUUUUUAAUAUUUAUCUGUCUCUAUCUCUUUCUAUCUCUCUUUCUAUCUCUCUUUCUAUCUCUCUUUCUAUCUCUCUUUCUAUCUCUCUUUCUAUCUCUCUUUCUAUAUCUCUCUAUCUAUCUAUAUCUCUUUCUAUAUCUCUCUAUCUAUCUAUAUCUCUUUCUAUAUCUCUCUAUCUAUCUAUAUCUCUUUCUAUAUCUCUCUAUCUAUCUAUAUCUCUUUCUAUCUAUCUAUAUCUCUUUCUAUCUAUCUAUAUCUCUUUCUAUAUCUCUAUCUCUCUAUAUCUCUUUCUAUAUCUCUAUCUAUCUAUAUCUCUUUCUAUAUCUCUAUCUAUCUAUAUCUCUUUCUAUAUCUCUAUCUCAUUAAGAGCAGAAAAACUACAUGUACAAAGUCGAGAUGUGUACCCCAUUCAUCAUCGGACGGAGCCUAUCACGCAUCCACUCAAAGCCAAAGCCUUGAUUUGUUAUCAGCACCAAGAUAUCCUGAUAUUGAAAGAUGAGACGUGUACGUUGUUAGAUAACACUGAAUCAAAAUGGAGAAUAAGAAAUUCCCGUGGUAAAGAGGGAGUUGUUCCUGCAAUGUUAUUAGUCAUUCCACCUCCUGAUUCUCGCGCUUGUGGUGAAAUUGUCAGGUUGCGGGAACAAUUAGUGGUACUGUGGAAGGCAGCAGUACCUUCUCUUCGCUCUCAUAUCAUUGCAUUCCUCAACAAAGUAGCCAAGGACACACACACAAAAGAGCUUCAAUCAUUCAGUGCCUCAGAAAAAACAGAAACGAUGAAACUUUUAAACGAAGCUGUCCAAUUGUUUCGAGGGUCUUCGUCCGAUCAAACAUACAAACAAUUCCAGCAUCAAAUUACCGGCAUCAGAAAGAUUCUCAGUCAAGUCCGUCCAGCCAAAGACGGAAGCGAUAACCUUAAAUCCAAUUCUGCAGCAUACAACACUUGGUACAAGGCUGAAAGGGUUGUCAUUAUGUAUAAGAAUCUGGUAUCUUAUUGCAAUAAUUACGAGGAUGCAGUUAACUCCAAGACGGGACGAGAAGAUAUUUUAAUUCAGCAGUCGAAACCACUUCUUACUUACACGUCGAAAGCUUAUUUUGAAAAAGCCAAACCCGUGGAGAUUAGUCAAGACACGAAAGAAUCUUCCACAGUCAGAGUUGAUGCUGAAAUCUACAUCUGCGAACGGUUCUCGCCCAAGAAACUGUUGAAGCAGAACGUGCUUGAGGGCAAAUUGUUAAAUGGUCAGUCUCUCACCAAUGGGCACGCCUUCAACGAAGUGGCCGCCAAAGAAAUAAAGAGUAGGAAAAUGAAAUCAUUUGUUAUUACCGCCGUCAUCGACCCUAACAGCCAAAAGAAGCUAAGUCUGUUGAAGGCGUUCUCUAACGGAAUCUUAGACCAGGUCCGUGGCACAUACAACAACCCGGAAACUAACAGCAGCAUGUCAAUCCCGGAAGCUAUUAGCCGAGGAUACGUAAUCGUAGAAUAUAAAGAUGAAGUGAACAUCAAUGACUGUGUCGAUAGCUCACCUAACAGUAUGGAUGCCUCCAAAAGUCAUAUCGAUUCCAGCUCUAUUCCAGCCGCUGGCUUAGUAGAUCCCCGUACUGGUGAAAUUGUCAGCGUAAAAGAGGCCAUUUCGUCAGGUAUCCUCGACAUGAAAGCUGCUAAAUACAUUAAUCCGGUUACCAAAGAGGAGAUGACAAUCUUAGAAGCAAUGAAGAACGGUUACAUCCAAGUGGAACCGGAAGUUAUAGCCAUCCUGUCUGAACCUGGAACGUUCACCCAUUUUCAGUUGGAGGAUGUUACUUACAUCAUUGAUAGCGUGAUCAACCCAACUGUAAACAGCCCCGUAUCCUUAAAACGAGCUCUUCAUGACAGUUUAUUGGACGGUACAAACGGGAUUUACAAAAACCCAGUAACUGGCGAGACGAUGCCAGUGUCUGAAGCAAUAUCCAAAGGCUUUCUGAACGCUCGUCUCUACAACCCAACUUUGGAUAAGAAUGAUAUGAACACAAUAUCCGUCAAAGAACUGCGCGUUAAACAAGAUCAGUACAUUGCGGCACAUACUGAAACAGCCCUACUGAACUGUGAUCUCGAUGAGAACUGUCGACCUGAUCCAAAUCUAGCCCUUUACCAGAAGCUGAACAAUAAAAUCGACGUUAGUCUUAAAGGGAUUAAAGAUCCACGGACGCUCCGCACAUUGAGCAUUGAGGACGCAUAUCACAAAGGAGUAUUAAAUUUUGGAAAGGCUGCUUAUGAUUUGCUUGAUGGUGAGAUCUUAUCGUUACCAGAAGCGAGCGCAAAGGGUUUAAUCGCACCUCAUGUCCUCAAAGAGAUUCUCGCUGCCUACGAAGAAGCGAGCUUAGGUGUCUUAAUAGAUCAGGAAGUAUUUGACUCUGAAACUGGUUUGGUGACCAAUAUCUCCAAUGGCCAAACUUUGUCUCUGAACGCAGCUGUUCAACAGGAGAUCAUAAAUCCAGAAAUGACUUACUUCUACGAAGUGCCUUCCAACAAAAUUUUAAGUCUGUACGAUGCUAUCGAAAGCGGCCGAUACGAUGUAGACACUGGCAAGUAUGUUAAGCCCGACACGAAUGAAGAACUGUGUUUUAACAAAGCUGCCGCAGAUAAACUCAUUCGAGUACAUAUCGAUCCAAAGAAAAUAGCUGAUGACUCUGAAUCCUUAUCACAUCUCCGUCAUUUCAUGAACACGGAAAUCAGAGGAGUUCACCUGCCAAACUCUGAUAUAGUUAGUGUGGAUGAGGCAGUACGCGCGGGUGUUCUUAAUAUUCCUGAAGCCGUUUAUGUCAACGAACAACUUCAAGAAAGGACGCCCUUGAUCAAAGCAGCUAAAAGCAAGAAAAUUGAGACGCCGGUUGUUAUGCAACUGUUUGGUGCUCUAAAUAAAAUGUCUUUGAGUAAAAAAUUAAAUAACGUAAUCCAUCCAGUCACCGGUCAAGUCAGUUCACCUGACACGGGCGGUCCUCUGUGCAUUAAAGAAGCAACCAAAAAAGGCCUUAUUAAACCAGAUUAUGUUUUCUUUGUUGAUCAGCAGACUGGCGAUAUAGCUUCACUCGGUUCUUUUAUUGAUAAAGGGAAAUUUGAUCCGGUUUCUGGAAAAUUCCAAAAUGCAACAAACGUUGCCUCUCCCAAUCCUUCUCGUCUUGUCUUCUCUCUCUCUCUCUCUCUCCUCUUUCUCUCUCAUCUUCGUGUCAUAAACAACAACAGGAGUGAUAGCAGCAGCUUCCACCUCUCUCUGUCCGUCCUCCAGUCAGCCAGAAGGCACACGUGUGUAUACAAUCUACUCGGCCGACGUGUGUUCACAUACACUUAG